AUGCCGCUGCCGGAUGGCGCGAAUCCCAUGUGCCCGGGCUGGUUAUCACGUUUGUUUUUCUACGGGCAGCAGAUUCUGAUGCACAUGUUCUUGCACCUAGCGGACGACCCCAAGACGCAAUGCUUCCUCGAUUGUUUCUACAAGCUCUGCGUUACUCGCUGCUCAAGCCCGUCUUCGGCGUCCCAGAUCGCAAGCUGUUCGCAGGUGAGCCCCUCUGUCGCCGUUGCCAACCCCAAUCUUCCCUUCCAUGUCUACGCGACGCUUACUCGGCUGCCCUCCAUCUUCGCGCUGCAGCACACGCUCCGAAGCCACUUCUUCAUGCUCACCUUGAACAUCUCUACGCACGUCGCCAGGUUGCUCUGCAGCAGGGAUAAGCAUUUGUGCCUCGGGGCGUCUGCACUUCCCUGA